CAACGGCAGGCGCGUUGGGGAGAGGUGGCGCGAGCUUCUUCCCUCACGCGGUCGCGGCGCCGGACCCGGAAGUAGCGGCCGUGGUGGAGGCGGCGGCGGCAGCGCCGGGCGGGAUGGGCGAGUCGAUCCCGCUGGGCGCGCCAGUGCCGGUGGAGCAGGCCGUGUUGGAGACCUUCUUCUCCCACCUGGGCAUCUUCUCCUACGACAAGGCCAAGGACAAUGUGGAGAAGGAGCGGGAGGCCAACAAGAGCGCGGGGGCCAGCUGGCUGGCGCUGCUGGCCGGGCUGGCGCACCUGGCCGCCGCCGAGAAGGCCUACCACAGCAUGACCUUCCUGGGCCAGAAGCUAGGUGGUCAGUCAUUCUUCAGCCGAAAGGACUCCAUCCGAACCAUCUACACAUCUCUGCAUAAUGAGCUGAAGAAGGUGGUGGCAACGGGUCGCAAUGCACUAGGAGGAACAGCUCCUCACUUGGAAGAGCUGCUUUCUCACCUGUCUGAACAGCUCUGUUUUUUUGUUCAGGCUCGGAUGGAAAUUGCUGACUUCUAUGAAAAAAUGUACACGCUCAGCACCCAAAAGUUCAUUAACUCUGAGGAACUGGUAAACAUUUUGGAAUCCAUCUUAAAGAAAUACAGCUCAAGAUUUCAUCAUCCAAUCCUCAGUCCUCUUGAAAGCAGUUUCCAGCUGGAAGUAGAUGUGCUUGCACAUCUCUUAAAGGCUCAGGCUCAGAUCUCAGAGUGGAAGUUCCUUCCAUCCCUGGUCAACUUGCACAGUGCUCACACAAAACUACAAACUUGGGGCCAAAUUUUUGAGAAACAGCGAGAGACCAAGAAGCAUCUGUUUGGAGGGCAGUCUCAGAAAGCUGUGCAACCUCCGCACCUCUUCCUCUGGCUGAUGAAGCUCAAAAACAUUCUCCUUGCCAAGUUUAGCUUUUAUUUUCACGAGGCCCUUAGUCGACAAACAACAGCAUCUGAAAUGAAAACUUUGACUGCUAAAACAAAUCCUGAUUACUUUGGGAAAAUUUCCAGCUUCAUCCGGAAGUACGAUGCCGUCAAUGUUUCCUUGAUUUUUGACAAUCGUGGGUCAGAGAGUUUUCAGGGACAUGGUUAUCAUCAUCCCCACUCUUACAGGGAAGCCCCCAAAGGAGUGGAUCAGUACCCUGCAGUGGUGUCUCUGCCCAGCGACAGGCCUGUUAUGCACUGGCCCAAUGUGAUCAUGAUUAUGACUGACAGAACCUCUGACCUCAACAGUCUGGAGAAGGUUGUUCACUUCUACGAUGACAAAGUCCAAAGCACGUACUUUCUGACUCGCCCCGAACCUCACUUUACCAUUGUAGUUAUUUUUGAGUCCAAAAAGUCAGAAAGGGACUAUCAUUUCAUUUCUUUUCUCAAUGAAAUUUCACAUUCCCUUAAGAACUCCAAAGCUUUUGCAAGCUUGAAGCCUGGAUCCAAAGGGUAAAAUACAAACUACUUACAAGUCAUCAAGGCGGUAUGCCAGCCUUGGGGGAGCUGUAGCUUUCAAAGAUUACAUAAAUUCAUGAUUCUCAGAGUCUAAUUAAAGAGGAACUGUUAUUUUUAAUGUUAUAAGUUUUUUUAAGCUAACAGACACUUGAAGAGAAGUAUUUUUGGGCAGUACUCAGUGGGACAGCAUCAUUGUGGGGUGCUAAAUGGCCACAGUAGGAUUUUUUGUGUGUGGUUUUCAAUUUUCAGUAUGAUUUAUAUUUUCAGUCCACAACUUUGUUGUAUCAGAAAGGAAUAUAUGCACUUUAACUUAGUGUGAUCAUUGACUGUCUGCUACAGAGUUUAUUGAAAAUGUGGUGAGGAUGGAAGAUACUGUCUUUUCAGAAAACUGCAAUGUCUGACAGGAAUGAUUUCUGGGAACUAAACACUGAUAUAAGGGAAUAUUAAAAAAAGCAAACCUGCAAGGACACAUUUUUAAAUAAAAACACAAGAAUCAUGAAAGGCACCACUGUUAAUUCUAACUUAGCUUUCAAAUUAUUUUAAAAUGAUAAUUGAGGUCUCUGACACUCUGUUAAGCACCAAUGUCUAUUUUGAACACCUGUGUCAAAGCUUUGUCACUGCUUCAGAGUGCUGCUUGCGGCAAGAAAAGCUGCAGCAUAGGCUGGAAGGCCAGUAUUCACUGGGCUGUUGUGACAGCAUGUGCCCAGUACCAGUCUUGGCUCAGAUUAACUGAGGGAAACAAGAUGAGUAGGUAUUCUAGAAGGAACAGCUCCUUGGGAAAAUCAGCAAAGCUCUUUUCAUAUUGUGCUUUUGUCUGGGUAACUUAAAAAAAAAAAAAAAAGCAGUAGGAAAUGCCCUCUGUAAAUGAAUUAUUUUCUAAUUUACUAUUAGGGUCAACCUGGAUUUGUUUUCAGAUUUGUAUAGGUAUAGUUUUCUCUUUCUGUUCAGUUUUAAGUAAUUUCACCAUUAAGCCAAAUAACUAUUGGAAUUUGAAUUUAAAUAUAUAGCCUAUGCAGUAUGUUUACCUCAUUCUAAAAUGUUACCACUUGUAGGCUGCAGGUUUAGAAAAGGUAUGUUUUCUGGUUACCCUGAAAGUGCUUUAUUUUGGAAAUCAAUAUUUCCAGCUACAAUAAAAGGGUCCAUAUGGCUGUA